CGCAGGUGCUGCUUUUCCUCGCUCUCCAGCAACAGCCGCCCCACAAUGGACUCCCCAGUCCAGAUUUUCCGCGACACGCCAGGCCCCAACUGCGCCCCGAGUGCCUGCCCGAUCCCCAAUGGCAGUGCUUGGUUCCCGGGCUGGGCCGAGUCCAACAACAACGGCAGUGCCAGCUCCGAGGACACGCCGCUGGAGUCGGCGCACAUCUCCCAGGCUAUCUCGGUGAUCAUCACCGCGAUCUACUCCGUGGUGUUCGUGGUGGGCUUGGUGGGCAACUCUCUGGUCAUGUUCGUGAUCAUCCGCUAUACAAAGAUGAAAACAGCAACUAACAUCUACAUAUUUAACCUUGCAUUGGCUGAUGCGCUGGUUACUACCACCAUGCCCUUCCAGAGCACUGUCUACCUGAUGAAUUCUUGGCCCUUUGGGGAUGUUCUGUGCAAGAUUAUAAUUUCCAUUGACUACUACAACAUGUUCACCAGUAUAUUCACCCUGACCAUGAUGAGUGUGGAUCGUUACAUUGCUGUGUGCCAUCCUGUGAAGGCUUUGGACUUUCGUACACCCUUGAAGGCAAAGAUCAUCAAUAUCUGUAUUUGGCUUCUGUCAUCUUCUGUUGGCAUAUCUGCAUUAGUCCUUGGUGGUACCAAAGUCAGGGAAGAUUUGGAUAUCAUCGAAUGCAUCUUGCAGUUCCCUGACGAUGACUAUUACUGGUGGGACCUGUUCAUGAAGAUCUGUGUCUUCAUAUUUGCCUUUGUGAUCCCUGUCCUCAUUAUUAUCGUCUGCUAUACCCUCAUGAUCCUGCGCCUGAAGAGCGUUCGACUCCUUUCAGGCUCUCGAGAGAAAGAUCGAAACCUGCGCCGGAUCACUAAGCUGGUACUGGUGGUAGUGGCAGUCUUUAUCAUCUGUUGGACCCCGAUUCACAUUUUUAUCCUUGUGGAGGCUCUGGGCAGCACCUCUCACAGUACAGCUAUUCUCUCCAGCUACUACUUCUGCAUUGCCUUGGGAUACACUAAUAGCAGCCUGAAUCCCAUUCUCUAUGCCUUUCUUGAUGAAAACUUCAAGCGGUGUUUUAGGGACUUUUGUUUCCCCAUUAAGAUGAGGAUGGAGCGACAGAGCACUAGCAGAGUCAGAAACACAGUUCAGGAUCCUGCUUACACGAGAGAUGUGGAUGGGAUGAAUAAGCCAGUAUGACUAGUCGUGGAGAUGUCCUCUUAUUGUUCUCUGGGAAAAGAAGAGUUCAACGAUCUAGGUUUAACCCAGAUUACUACUGCAGUUUGA